AUGGCCCUCAGCCACGUGGUGUCGCAGUUACGACGCUGGGUGGAGUGGCCGAACAGAAACCCGGGCACCCAGGCCCUGCCUCUCGUUAUGACUGGAGAGCUGCCCCUUCACCCUAAAACCCUCAGCCCGCGCUUUGAACUCCUGCUGGCUUCUCAGGAAUCUUACGCACGAAUUCUCACAUUCACAAAGCACACCACCUUGUUCCGAUGCCCUUCCUUUGGGAAUUGGGAGCUGUGUGUUCAGGGAGCAGGUAGCUGUGUGUGUGGAGAAAGGCUGGGUGAUGACGGGAAGCCUCUGCAGGUGGUUCAGGCUGCCGCUGCCUCGGGAACAGGAGGUGACCUCUCUUUCCCUGACCAGCUAAACACAGCCAACAAAGCUUCUUCUGAGAGAAACCUCUUUCUGCACCCUGCUGGCCCCCCUGCCCAGUCUCAGCUGCAGGAUAGAGGUCUUUCUGUAAAUCCCCUGGGAGUUACUGAACGUUGGAGCAGAAACCAGCCAUUUGGCAACCCAGCCACUGUGGACAUGGGGGGCCUGGACCUGAUCACCAACAUGGCGUACCAGCAGGUCCGGAAGACCUCAGAGUGCCACAGCAUGGAGCGGCAGCGGCGCCAUAGGAGCCUGAUGCUGCCCAGGCAGCAGAGUGGUGCCCAGCUGCGCCAGGUGCUGUCCCCGGACUUCAACAGCCUGUGUGUGCAGCAGCUCAUUGGUCACCACCUCUUCCAGGACUUCCUGGCCACAGUGUCCCCGUCCCAAGAGGCCUCGGCCUUCCUUGAGCAGGUGCAGAGCUGGUAGCUGGCGAGGAGUGUCUCCCUGGGCAGCAUGCUGCAGGUGCCAGUGGGCACUGGUGGCGCUGCCCCUCCCCUUGGACACCCACACCGCUUCCUCAGCCCAACUCUGGCCACCAGGUGCCAAGCAGCCACCACUGAGGAAGAGCAAGCGGCCCUGGUGACAUUGGCCAAGGCUGAGGCCGUGUCCUUCUUGCAGGACCAGCCCUCCUGGGAUUUCCUAACCAGCCUGCUCUAUGGUAAGUUUCCACAGUGGAAAGGCUUUGAGAUGCAGCUGGUGACAAACAAGUUCUUCACCAAGUUGGGGGUGCUAGGGAAAGGUGGUUUUGGGGAGGUAUGUGCUGGCCAGCUGAAAAACACUGGCAAGAUGUAUGCCUGUAAGACUGACAAGAAGAGGCUGGAGAAGAAAAAUGGUGAGGAAAUGGCUCUCUCGGAAACGGAAAUCUUGGAGAGUAUCAGCAGCCCUUUCACUAUCUCUCCAGCCUAUGCCUUUGGGAACAAGUCCCAUCUCUGUCUGGUCAUGAACCUGACGAAUGGAGAAGACCUCAGGUUCCUCAUCUACAGCACAGGCACGCGAGUCCUGGCCAUGAGCAGGGUGGCCUUCUACUCGGCCCAGAUAACCUGUGAGCUGCUGCACCUGCACUCUCUCAGCAUUGUCCACCGAGACCUGAAGCCUGAGAAUGUGCUUCUGAAUGACAUUGGCAGUUCCUGGCUGUCUGACCUAGGGCUGGCCGUGCAGAUGCAGGAGGGCAGGCCCAUCACCCAGAAGGCUGGAACCAAUUGUUACAUGGCUCCUGAAAUCCUAAUGAGAAAAGUGAGUUACUCCUCUCCUGUGUACUGGUUUGCAAUGAGAUGCAGUAUUUAUGAAAAUGUUGUUGGAAGAACACCAUUCAAAAACUAUAAGGAAAAAGUCAGCAAAGAGGAUUUAAAGCAAAGAACUCAAGAAGAAGUCAGAUUCCAACAUGGUAACUUCACAGAGGAAGCAGAAGAUAUUUGCAGACUCUGCUUGGCUGAGAAACCAGAGCAAUGCUUAAGAAGCAGGUAAACUGCCAUAAAAUAGAGAUGAUUACUGAUGUCCAGCAUUGUCCACAGGGAUUUGGAGAAUAUUUUGCAUUAAUAACAAAGGCUCAGGGUCAAGUAGUCGCAUUAUUGUCCUAUUAUAUUUGCAUAUUACAUGGUUAAGUAUUUCUGAAACUUUCAAACACUAGGAGCACUUGAUAUGGAACAACCUCCAAGAUACAUCUGAAAGUGAAAAAGUGAGGUGCAAAACAGCAAACAUAAAAAGGAAGAAAAAGUAUAUAAUUUAAAUAGUUGCAUAGGCUGUUUUGAGCAGCGUAUACAAGGAAUGCAUAGGAUUGAUUGCCUCUAAUAAAGGGAAAUUGGGGGCUGGUGACAGGAAAGCAAAUGAGGAUUUUCACUAUAGAAUCCUGUCGUCUUUUGAAUUUUGAACCACGUG